AUGGAGUUUCCCUUUGUAACUCUCGACGUCUUCACCACGACCCGUUAUCGCGGAAACCCUCUCGCCGUGGUCACCAUCCCCGCCGAUGUCCCAAAACCCUCGCAGGAGCAGAAGCAGACCAUCGCCCGCGAGUUUAACCUCUCCGAGACUGUCUUUGUCCACGACGUCAACCCAGAUGGCCCUGAGAGUGAUGUCACCCGCCGGGUGAUCGACAUCUUCACCACCGACGAAGAGGUUCCCUUUGCCGGCCAUCCCACUAUCGGCACUGCCGUCUCGCUUAUCCCCCAAGGCGUCAAUACCGUCAUCACAAAAGCAGGUCCAGUCGCUCUCGUCCAGACUCGCCCUGGUCAUAUCCAAGCUGCUAUCCCGCACAACGUUCGUCGUCAUCGUAGAACCCUCGCCCAGCUGCCCUCUCCCGCACCAGGCCAGCUCUCUGCCGACCCAGCGAUCCGUCAACUUGAGCUCGAGGCCCCACUCUUCAGUAUCGUCAAUGGUUUAUCGUUUGUGCUCAUCAACCUGCCCGACCUGGAGCACCUUGCCAAGGUCCGGACAUGCGUCGUGCCCUUCUCCGUCGAUGGGCUGCUCGAUGACGACUGGCAGACUGGCCCCUUGUUCAAGUACUACUACGUGUUUACUGGUCAACGUCAAGAGAACGACGUAGACAUCUUUUCCAUCCGCACUAGGAUGAUGGAAUCAGCAAUGGAAGAUCCUGCGACGGGCAGUGCUGCUUGUGCCCUUUCCAGCUUCCUCACCCUUCAGCAGCCCGAUCUCCAAGAUCAGACCUUUCGUUAUGAGAUUGACCAGGGAGUAGAGAUGGGCAGGGAGAGUAACAUCGUAGUCCAAGUCACGGCGAAGGAGUCAAAGAUCGACAAAGUCGAGCUGUCAGGGACAGCUGUCACAGUGAUGAGAGGCCAUGUCACCAUAUGA